AUGCCUCGACUCCAUUUUGAACGCGACCCUCGAAACCCAGUCGCCCAAGAUGACGAGCCAUUCAAGAUUUCGAAUAAAUUUGAGUUCGUGUUGAUGGGAGCCAAGGGAGGGUUGGACAGUGGUGGUAUCAGUCAAAUCAGAGCUCAUACGACGAGAGAGUUGCAUAAGUCGAGACGCAAAAAGAAUCAGGCACUACAACCCAUCAAACCGACUACAGCGGUCAAUUUAUAUUUUGGAUCAUCUUUCGAUGCGCUACAUGCUUUACCACAGCUUCACCUUGAGGCUGGUAAACCUGGUUCAUUGGAUGAAAUCAAGCGUGAGGUUUUCUCAAUCUUUGAUCAGGAUGCAAUGAAAGAGAUAAUAUGGCCUGUUGGCACUAAAGAUCCUACAUUUCUCACCGGAAUGCUCUUGAUGAGCUCAGUUCAUCUCGAUAGCAUGAGAUCGGACACUCAGACAAGCAUUACCACGACAUUGAAACUCGAAGCUAUUGCCUUAGUCAGGAAGAGAAUCCGAGAUGCAACUCCAAACUCCAUUAUUGUCGCACUCUCGGCGAUUGCUUGUCUGGCAGUUUGUGCUUUGCCUCGAGGAGAAACCGAUGGCAGAGCAGAAUAUCUUAUGCACCGCAAAGCCUAUAUGUUGCUAAUAAAGGAAGCUAUGAGGCUCAACCUGUAUCUCGAGUCGAGAUUCUGCAAGGAAACUCUAAGAAUUAUCACAAUGAUUGCGAUCGCUCGAAGAUGUGGGAUGCCUAUAUCAGGCCUUGCUCCACCUGCAAAUUCGGCUACUUUGCUGAAAGAAAUGGAAUUCAUCUUUGAAGACCAGUGGAAAUCACGCAUCGAGCCUGACCUGAGUUUAUUCUCCCCACUUUACGAUGGCCGAAUUAACCCUUUGGAUGAUCCCUUCCCAUACGUUGAAAGCAAUCACCUCCAUGUCUUACUGGAAAUGAUGCAAGAAAUCAUCACAAUCUGGCUUCGACUAGGAUCUUCUGAAUGGUCAGCCUCGAGAAACGCCAUGUCUCUGCUGGAGACCCUCCAGAUAGGUAUCUUGACAAUGCCAUCAGCACACAUUCCCUCCUUGCCAUGCAGUGGCGACUACGUCUACGAAUGCUGUCGACUGAUCUCGGUUCUUAUGGUUCGUUCUUUCCAGGCUCGGUGUAGCUGGAAGACAAUGGCAGGACGAAACUCGCUCUUGCCACAGCUCCGAGAAGCUCUACAAAAGACCGACGUAGGCGGCUUCUGGGGGAACAAACUUGGCCUUCUCUACUGGGUGAUACUAGUCUUCCACAGUGCUGCCUUUGGAACCCCUGACUAUCUUCUUGGUCACUCUGUGCAGACUAGGAUCCACUUUGAACUGACAUACUCGAGGACGGACUGGCAUGGAGCCGUAAAGCCGAUGAUAGCUCUCAAGGAUAUCAUCUUGUUGUGUGAUGACCAACAGAGUGUCGCUCAAGCCUAG